CUUAAUUCCUUGGCGAACGGGGCGGUAGGUUUUUAUAUCGAGAACGCAUUGCAUGCUGAAGUUUGUGAAGACAACUCGGAUAAGUAUUUUUCCCAUGGAUUUCUAACUCGUCAUCAACUGGAGCAUCGCUGCCUGGGUACGAAGGGGCUCUGUUUACCAUUUCAUCUAUGUCCGACUAACUCCGCUAUAUAUAAACGCUUGUCAUUAUGGAAUGUGGAUGUAGCUGUAGAGCUAAUAAAGAGAUGUUGGUGCCGCCACAAAUGCAUCGUCAGAAAUCUGACAUGCAUGAAGAGCUACUGGUAAAACUCGGAGCUAAGGAAGAAAAGUUUGACUGGCAUCCCGACAUCCUGUACCGCCGCACGGAGCGACCACAAGCUAGUGUCGUGGCGGACUACUCAAUCGACAUCAAGGUCGGCCGACCCAAACUGUACUGCGUCGGCAUUCGUAACCCAUGGGCAUGUGGCAACCAAGCACUUCGACAAAUGACAAUGACAGCAAAACAGGGUCCCCGAAGUCUUUUCUUCGGUAAGAGACCUAAAACGACUAACAUCCUGAAUAUUCAUCGCCCGGCACCACCCAGGACAUCCACAGCAACAUCACGGGUCCGCCUUCAGCCAUUAUCGUUAGUUAGGAGCAAGACAGCGAUUUACUAAACGUAUAUCGCAACAGACACCGGUAAGGUGACGUCAACACAUGUACAAAGCUCAGCAGUUUCACAGACAGAUGUUGGUAACGAUGUGUGUGACAGAAAUAACAGGACAGUGACUAGUUGGAUAAUGAGCUCGGUGUUCCAUGUGUGACGUCAUAAUCAGACGUCACAAUUAUGAACUAACUGCAAUUGUUUUUCUUUAAUGGAGUAGUUGAAUAUCAUUCAAAUAAUCCAGGAAAUCAAAGGAUUUGUUUUUAAUAUGCCCGAGCGUUUUCACAUUCCCUCAACCUUUGGUUAACUACUCGAUCAAACUUGAAGAGUAUGGUUGAAAUACUUCUAUGAUUUAUACAGUAUAUUAUAUCUAUUACUACUAGCAGGCAAACUACAGAGUAGCAUUUAUUCUGAUGUUUUACUAUACUACUAGCCAAACAACAGAACAGUAAUGAUUCUGAUGUCUAUAACUACUACUAGCCAUACAACAGAACAGUAAUGAUUCUGA